GCCCAACAAAAUGGUCACGGUGCUGCCAACCUCUGCAGCGGCUGCGAUACCCAUUAAUGUUGCUGGCCGUGUUCGAGAGCGUCAACCUUGAUGUAUCAUGGGUAAAUUGUGACCGACGGACUGAUCUACAAAUAAUAAUGAGUCGUUAUUUAUGAUGCAAGGUGAUUUGUAGGUCAGUCGGCAGUCGCUUGCACUGUCGGCUGCAAUGUCGAACAAGACCGUUUUGUUGAUCCAUGUGGGUGGCUGCACCGUGCCCAUUUUGUUGUGCUAGUGCUCGUGACAGGAAGUGUUAUUAUUACAGACAGUCUGUAUUUACCUGUCUAGAGGUGAGGGUGUGCCAUGCAAGUGCACCGCUCAGGAAUCCAUCUUUGAAUUAGUUUGGCGGGGGUGUGGGUAGCAUCAAUCAAUUGUAUUUAAUACUUUCUUGGUCACCCUCCUGCGACACAAACAACGUAUACCGAUGACGGAUACUGUCCAAAACAGGUACAGCAAUGGGUUGGGCAAGCUGUCUCUAUAGAAUGCUAUAAGACCCGGCUAAUUAAUAAAUGACAACAUUAAUAAAGGUGUCAAAUUGGGCUACAAGGAUACAAACAUUGAAAACAUAACAGCUGCCAUUUAGUAAGGAUGUCAUGUAUACAAUGGUGACAUGUAAAGUCUGAUAAACUGACUUCAGUCCAUGGUUCUUUUUUGGCCUUAAUCAGCCUACCAAAGUGAGUUUGUGUCGAGUGAGUUUGUGUGUGUGUUGAGAUGAAUACAAAUUCUUCCCGUACGUAUGUUGCAUACAAAGUGAACAAUUGUGGCCCCUUUAUUUUAUUCAUAAAGGUUCAGUGUAUCUUUGCCAGCCUACAUCAAUCUGCAAAGGAGUUGCAGAAAAGCCUCAUGUUCAUCGAGCCGUUUGGGCAAGAAAACAGUUCCCAUUUAUACUUUUCUACAGCGGGUUUAAAAUUCUGCAGCUGAGGUCUUGGAGAUUGCAGAUGGGUACAGUAUGUUGCAGCUCGCAGUGUGUAUAAAACUAACGUAUUUUUCUUGGUUUUCUUUUCAAUGUUCCAUUUGUGUCAGGGACUUGGUCGGCGCCGACUAUAUGCUAGGCCUAAAUCUAUUUUAAAUGGUCUCAUUUUGUUGAAAUUAGGAGAUCUAGCUGACACGGUAACAGCUGUUGCAGUGACACAGCCCAGUUAAGCUGAGUGGCAAUGUCAUGAGACCAAGGGAGCCUCAUGAGCCUGUCACUGUCAAUCAUUAAAAACGCCCAUACAGUAGGCUUACUACCAUUUGGCUGUUGAUUUUCUAUAGGCCUAUAUUCUUUAAUUGAACAGGUGCUUUCAGAAUGCAAUGACGAGAGUGGCAAGUCUGUCUUAGCACAACCAUAUUAUUAAAAUAGUAUCGAGGCUCUGGUAAGGUAAGCCUCUAGGUCACAGCAGAAAAUACAACAAGCCAUAAGGGACACACCACUCUGGUCCCAAUGCAGGCCCCAUUGUUUACCAGAUAAAACACUGACUGGUGAACCUGGGUUAGGUUUAAGAUGACCUAAGUUUCAGCUUUAAACAGGUAAAAGCGUUUUUACAAAGCCACGUUUUUGGACAUCUUAAGACAAAGUGGAUGUCGUUGAAUACUGUCCAAAGGCACACAUUCUGUCAGUUGAUGCUUUCUAGCUCAAUAUAUCUAUGUUAAUUUCACCCAAAUAAAGAGAAUCCCAAGAUGCAGUUGUAGAAAUUGUCAAAUCUAUGCCCCUUUACCCUAAUAUGGGUAUAAAGUAUUGCAUACCUCGCUCUAGUGGAUUAGUAGCUAUGUGAGGUCUUUCUGACUGUUGAUUUUGCAUGUUUCAGGGGAUGAGACGCGGCAGAGGGUCAAGUUCACUGACGAGCGGGUCUGCAAAAGCCAUCUCCUGAACUGCUGUCCCCACGACAUCCUCUCUGGAACUCGUAUGGAUCUGGGAGAAUGUACGAAGACCCAUGACCUGGCGCUCCGGGCCGACUAUGAAAUCGCCUCCAAGGAGAGAGAACUCUUCUUUGAGCUUGACGCUGUGGAUCACCUGGAGUCUUUCAUUGCUGAUUGUGACCGUAGAACAGAGUUGGCCAAGAAACGACUGGUCGAGACCCAAGAUGAGAUCAGUGCGGAGGUGGCUGCGAAGGCAGAGACUGUCCACGAGCUGAACGAGGAGAUCGGGAAGCUCCUGGCCAAGGCAGAGCAGCUGGGAGCAGAGGGGAACGUGGACGAGGCCCAGUUGGUCCUACAGGAAGUGGAGAAGGUCCGCAGCAGGAAGAGGGAUGCUGAGGAGGAGUACAGAAACUCCAUGCCUGCCUCCAGUUUCCAGCAGCAGAAACUCCGUGUCUGCGAGGUGUGCUCUGCCUACCUGGGUCUCCACGACAAUGACCGUCGCCUAGCCGACCACUUUGGCGGGAAGCUGCACCUGGGCUUCAUCCAGAUCAGGGAGAAACUGGAAGCCCUGAAGAAAACCGUCCUUGACAAGCAGGAGAAGAGGAACCAGGAUCGUCUGAAGAGGAGAGAAGAGAGGGAGAAGGAGGGGGGGGUGAAGAAGAGGACCAAAUCACGGAGCAGGGAACGGAGCAGGGAACAUAGAAGGUCCCGCUCUCGCGACCGUAGGAGACGGCGUUCCCGUUCCUCGUCUCGGGAGAGGCGGCGUUCCUCCCGCUCGCGCUCCAGGGACCGGGAGAGGAGGAGACGCCGCCGCUCCCGAUCCUGCAGCAAGGGCCGCCGCCACAGCCACGAGCCCAGCACCAGACACAAGUCAUCCAGGGAUCGAGAGCGCUCAUCCAGAGACCGUUCACGGGAGCGAAGCAGGAAGAGGGGAUCCUCCGAGCGGCGGCAGGACAGCAGGGAUCAGAAUGGGAGGACAGACUCCCGCCGGGCGGAGGACAGACACACCGGGGACCUCUGAGGACUCUCGCUGUCCAGCCAUCCUCAAAACACAACCUCCUUUUGUCUCUCUUUCAUACCUGUCCAUAGAUCUAUAAGGACUCUCUCCUUGUAUGAAUCCUCCCUCCAUUUCCUUAACAGCAAUGUCCAGAGACGUUUUGCUUUGACAGAUAUUCCAGCCAACCCACUGUGUCCCAAAUAAAUAGAGCUUAUAUGACCAUAAAGGUGUGUGUGUACAUAUUGUAUAUUGCGCAUAUAUACAUAUAUAUGAUG